AUGGCAACUGUUGGAUUCAUCGGACUUGGGAACAUGGGUGCUCACAUGGCACGUAAUCUGAUGAAAAAUGGACACAAAUUAGUUGUUUAUGAUAUUAACAAAACUGUACUUUCAGCUUUUAAAGCGGACGGAGCCGAUGUGGCCGGCAGUCCGGCAGAAGUGGCUGCUGCUGCUAAGGACAUUAUAACAAUGCUGCCAAGCAGUCCACACGUUAGAAAAGCGUACGGAGGAGACGAUGGUCUAUUAAAAAAAAUGCAGCCAGGCACCCUAUGUAUUGAUUCAUCCACCAUUGAUCAAACAGCGUCGAUAGAAGUAGCCGAUUGGUGCAAGGAGAAGGAGAGCACGUAUGUGGAUGCUCCAGUAUCCGGUGGAGUAACAGGCGCUCAAAAUGCUACUUUGACGUUUAUGUUGGGCAGUGGAAAAUGUCAAAAAACGUUCGAUCGGGCAACAUCGCUCAUCAAAUUCAUGGGGAAGAACAUGGUUAACUGCGGGGAAGUUGGUGCUGGCCAAGCCGCCAAAAUUUGUAAUAACAUGCUUUUGGCCAUAGAGAUGGCAGGAGUUGCUGAAACCAUGAAUCUUGGUAUCAAGAUGGGUUUGGAUGCUAAGGUGCUCGCUGGUAUCAUAAACACAUCUUCGGGACGAUGCUGGUCCUCCGACACUUAUAAUCCAGUGCCCGGUGUUAUCCAAGGGAUCCCGCCUAGUAAUGGAUACCAAGGAGGUUUUGGCAGUGCAUUAAUGGCAAAGGACCUAUCAUUGGCACAAAACGCGUCAACAACGACUCAAUCACCGACUCCACUUGGAUCGUUAGCCCAUCAAAUCUAUCGACUCCUUGCCCAAGACCCCAAAUACUCUUCCAAGGAUUUUGGCAUUGUGUACCAAUUUUUGAAAAAUCAGAAUUGA